AUGAAGUUUCUCACACUCUCACUCCUCAUUCCCAUCGCAUACCUCUCAAUCCUGAUCGGCAGCAUGGCGACCUUCUCUCACCUCUACCGGCAAAGACAAGUGAAGAAGAAACUCCGUCUAGCACCCUAUUUCCCUCCCCACACAACCCGCAAUAUCUACCUCUCCUUAUUACACCUGCAAGACGACGGAAACACAAAAGUACCUGAUUCAGUAUUACGGGCGGCGCUUUUGGCACGGGCGUGCGACGACAUCCGACGCAUCAUGGAGGUGCGGAUGCGCAAGCCCGCACUGGCGGCACUCCUCCAACGUGGGGUGGUCGGCGACGAGAUCUUCCAGCGGCUGCAGCGCGCCGAGCAGGAACUCGAGCUCGAACUCAAGGACGUGGUCGCCGAGGCCAACGCGCUGAGCGGAUCCGGCUCUGGAGGAACGCCAGGGACGUGGGGACAGACCAUCUUCCAGAGCGCAAACGAGAUGGUGCAGAACCAGAUCCUGAGGGAGAAACUCGACGCCAUCAAGAAGACCCUGCCGGAGGAGAAGGAGAGGUGGGAUAAUCAGAGAGAGAUGGCAAGGCGGGAGUUAAUGGGCGGCGGCGAGGAUGCGGCGGCAGGAGCAGCAGCAGCAGCAGUGGUGGGUAUUGGUGAUAAGCCUACCGCUUCUACUACUCCUGCGUCUGCAUCUGCAACUUCUCCAGCCGCUGCAGAAAAGACAGCGACGGCCCCAAAAGCCGCCACGGUCAGCAGUGAUGAGGAUGGAGUCAUUGUUGAAACGCCAGCCGCCGAGGUUUUGUCCACUGGCACUGGGGGCGGCAAGCAGAAGAAGAAGAAAGGGAAGAAGUAA